UUGAGGUAAAAUAGGAUUGGUACACUGACGAUAAUAUUAGUAAUUACAGUGCUGACAAGAUUUAAACAUACAACAUUCAAAAAGCGAAACAAGGGACUACACAUGUAUACGAGUAAUGAUAAAUUUAAGAAGUGUUUCGGCGGUUCCGGGGCAACUUGCCGAAUCCUACGCCGAGUCAGACGACGCUAGGAGCCACGCCGGUACGUCGUCUAAAUCCAAUGUUUAAUGUUAAUUCUUAUAUAUUUUUUAUUUUUAUGUUUUGUAGUUCGCAUUGAUUUGGUAGUAAUACUGUAAUGCUGUGUAACUAAUUUUAAAUAUAUAAUAAAUAAAAAAUCUUCAGCAAAUAUUUAAUGCAUCUGAAAGUUCGAAUCGGACCGUCACAUUUAGUGCUAACUGUAUGAGCUCGCAAUAAACACUAAUCUUUUUUUUUUACUAAUCAAUGUGUAAACAGGCCCCAAUAUUAGGCCAGCGCCAUUAUCCGUAUGCCACACUUACCCGUAUUGACCUUACACAUUUUCUUUGCAUUGAGCGUAACUUAGAUUUUAUCGCGGGGCCCAUAUUCUAGUGACAAUCCUUCGAAUGCCACGCCUAUCGUCAUUGUGGACGUUGUAGGAAAGCAUGAAGGUUAAUAUUUUGUCUUGGCGGUACUUGAGUUAAUCUUACCUUAUUCUCCCAGCACCUAUAAUCCUAACUAUAUUCCAGGAGCGACAGCAGCAGCCAAUACUGGAUGGGUGCCGUCCGAGACCCGCAGGACCCGAACAACUGGAAAUGGGUGAACGGGAACGAUGUGUCCGUCUCUUUCUGGAACAGCGUGCCGGCGGGGGGCGAGGGGUGCGCGCGGUUCGACGGCAGCAAGGGCUGGCUGUGGGCCGACACCGACUGCCACGCCAAGUUGAACUUUAUCUGCCAGCACCGUAAGUUUAUUUUACUUUAGGCUAAAGAUAUUGUAUUUAUGAAAUCAUUUCGUGAAAACAAACAUAUGAGCGCACUUUAAAAUACUACGAUUUUGGGUGUAAUGUUUAAAGGCUUGAGAGGAAAGGGGACGGCCGCUUCUCCGUACAAACGUUGUCCCCAUUUUCCUCCCUGGAUUCUGACAUGGAUUUUUUUUACAUAAUUUAAUGUAUAUUAACCAUAGCUAUGCCCCUUACUUUUUCGAUUUUUUGAUUAUUGUAUAAAUGAGGAGCAAAAAACAAAUUUCAUACAAUUUUUUAAAUGCUCCUAACUCUUAUAAUAAUUUAACAUUCGAAAAAAAUCUACCGUAGGAGCAUAGCAGUGGUUGAUAUACAACGAAUUGAGUCAAAAUAGUUUCAAUUAUGUUAAUAUCCAGAGAAGAAAAUGAGGUCUACGUUUGUAUGAAAAAGCUAUUUUUAUUUACUAAUUGGCUGUGCCAAAGUAAAAGUGGAUUUUCAUGCAUUCACAGAUAAAACUAAAAUAGUUUUUACGACAAUUUAUCAGUAAUUAAUCUUUUGUAUGCACAAUAAACACAGGACCUUUUCUAUCGGGCAAUUUACUGUUUGUCAUAAAUCGAAAAUGCUUUACUAUAAUACAUCUUUUGUUUAUGGCGUUAUUCUAUUUGCUAGCGAAUAUUCUAUUUCUUAUGCUGCGUUUGCGAUUUUGCGAUUUUUGUUUUUUAAUUUAAUUGGCAUUUUUAAUAAUUAUUAUUAAUUGUUUAUGUUUUUACUCUAUAUGUAACCACAGAAAAAAUUAAAGUACUAGUGUAUGACUAAAUAAAUAUUAUGUUAAAAAACAUACGGCGUACAGUAGGUACAUGGCCGAUGGGGGCACAGCAAAGUGUGAGGGUGUCAUCGUAAUAGUUAUAUUUUCAAUUUGCCAAUUAUAAUGACCUCUUAAACUUGUCAUUAAAAACCUAUGUAGACCCUUUAAAUACCUGUACACUCCUUUUUUGAAGAACUCCAUACUGUAGACCCCCGGGAAAACCGCGGCAGGGAGCGCGUACCAGUCGAAGCGUCCACGGGAGGAAGUUCCUCUUAAACCGCACAGUACGCGACCAUUUAGGUUCUAGGGUGUGAGGAUGAACACCCUGCCGACGGCGGGCGGUGCGGUGAUAGAAAGCGGCCGUUGGCAUCAUGUCAAACAAUUCUUCAGAGCAUAAUUAACCCACUGUACAGGCGGUAGAACACACAUAAGGAGGCAGUCUCAACAUAAUAUUUACUGUCAUAUUCUAGUACUUGAAUGUCAUUUACUGGACUCGGUUUCCCUAGACUUCUCAAUACCUAAUAUUAAACAAGGGUCCAAACUUAUCCGACCGGUCUGGCCUAGUGGGUAGUGACCCUGCCUAUGAAGCCGAUAGUCCCGAGUUAAAAUCCUGGUAAGGGCAUUUAUUUGUGUGAUGAACACGGAUAUUUGUUCCUGAGUCAUGGGUGUUUUCUAUGUAUUUAAGUAUUUAUAAUUAUAUCGUUGUCUGGGUACCUACAACAGAAGCUUUAUUGAGCUUACUGUGGGACUUAGUAAAUUUGUGUAAUAAUGUCGUAUAAUAUUUAUUAUUUAUCUGUCAAUAACCUCUUCCCCAGAGCCGAAGGCCUGCGGACGUCCAGAGCAGCCCCCCAACUCGACCAUGAGCACCGAGUCCUUCGAGGUGGGCGCUGCGGUGCAGUACUCCUGCGACCCGGGGCACCUGCUGGUCGGGCCCACGGUCCGGACAUGUCUGGACACCGGGUUCUAUACGGAGUUCCCGCCCGUAUGCAAACGAAUCGAAUGCGGCUACCCAGCUGAGAUCGCGCACGGCACGUACACGGUUCUGAACGACUCCGUGUCGUACCUGUCCCACGUGCAGUACGAGUGCACCGAGGGCCACGAGAUGGUGGGCAGGUCACGACUCGUCUGCGAUAUCGACGAGAGAUGGAAUGGGCCCCCGCCGCGGUGCGACGUUGUCCACUGCGAGCCCCCGGCGCAGGUCCCCAACGGGCGCGUGACGCUGUCCCACAACGCGUCCGUGUUCGGCGCCGUCGCGGAGUACGCGUGUGUCCGCGGGCACCGCCUCGUCGGCGCCCGGCGCGCGAGCUGUCUAGCGAGCGGCGUUUGGGACCAGCAGCCGCCUAAAUGUCAACCCGAGGAGCGCUCAACAACGACCACCACAACGCUCCCUCCCCCCACCACGGCCGCCCCCACCACCCGCGUCACGUCGCGCGCGCCGCCGACGCGGCCGCGCUCCACGCCGCGCCCCGCGCCGACUCCGUUCGUCACGCCGGAGACGCGCCGUCCCCGCCCAAAGACCACGGAACGGCCGACCACGAGAUAUGAAACGAGGGUCACGGACGCGCAGGAGUCGCCGACCAGCCAUGUGCCGCAUAUUAUUGUGGCCAGUCAUCCUAGGGAGAACCAAGUAAGUACACAAGGUGUACAGUCGAGUUUUUCACCUUAAUCUAUUGCAAUAAGGUGUAAAAUGUAUACCUACAUAUUUAUGACCUCGACUGUAACAAAAAUAUUGGGGAUCCGUUCACAAUUAAGGCGUUAUUAGAGUGACAGAGAAAGACGCCCGCAAUUUGCGCACUUCGGUGUUCGCGGUAUUGUGUUCUGAUUAGGAAAAAGAAAAAAAAAUGUUUUUUUUUUUUUUUUUUUUUAAUCUUAUUUAUUUUAUAAGCCAUACAUCUUAAGAUUAAGUCGGCUUAAAAAUAGUAACAUUGAUACUUAAACUUUAGGUGUUACUUAAAACAUUAGGUUUACUACUUAAGGAGUAUUUUUAUAAUAUUCAAAACUAAACAAAGUUACUUAAACUUUAGAUGUUACUUAAAUAAUUGGGAUUACUAUUUAAGGAGAGUUUUUAUAAUAUUCGAAUCUAAGGUCCAAUGACUGUAUGAUGAAACUUAAAAAUCUACCACUAUAUUCGGCAGUGAACCCUGAGCUUUUUGUCGCCAAAUUUUUAUUUUUCUGUUCGUCUACUGUAAUGGUUGAAUUAAGACUUCCAGAAUACCAAACUGAAAUAUAGUUUUCACUAUGGGUUCCUGACUCAACUAUAAUAUUCAUAAGCAAACGUUGUAGUCAACUAUAAUGAAUUUGACCAAUCACGUGUCGCCGCGGUAGAUAGGACGAAACAAAACGAUAGCUCAAAUCAUUAUGUAUUUUAAGUUCUAUAGUAACAACUAUUGCUUCAUAGGUUAGAACGCGUAUGUGGAACCCUUAAAAAAGCAAUAUCCAUAGAUUACGAAGACCGCUUUUCGUUUUAUGUUAGUCUCUACAGGCUACUGUGGCCAAAAUCGAGAAAAAAAAACUGUUCAAAAAUUGAAUUUAGUAAGGAGUAAGUACCAGGCCCUCAUGAGUUACGAGAAGGUGUCGUUAACCAGCCCGCCGGGCGUGUAUAAAGGUAUUAUGGCUGCUCGCGUAUUUUAGCUGUAUGUUUGUUUUCCUAUAUACAGUAAGUAUUACGUUAGGUAAUUUUAGUAUUGUUUACAAUAAUCAUAUAAUCAAGCUUUUCAAUCUCGUACACUCAGUUGGCUGAAAGCUUCGUCGGUUGACUGAAAGCUCUUCAUUAUAUCCCGAUUGUAUAAAAUACUAUUUUUCCAUGGGGUGUUUCAAGUCAGCCAACCUUCCAUACAAAGGC